AUCACCGGAUGUUGAUACCAGCUCGGGGCGCAGACAGGAACAGCUGAAAAAGAAAAACAAAGCAGUGGCGACGACGACGGCGAAAAACAACAGAUGUGCGUCUAAAAUAUAGCUAAAAUCAUCGGUGACAUUAUCGCUGUCGCGGACAUUUUGUGGCCCUGGGACAAAAAUAUAAAAAGUCUCUGGCCAGUUGACCCCAGAGAUUUGACCAUGGGACGCAUCUUCUUGGACCACAUUGGCGGAACUCGCCUCUUCUCCUGCGCCAACUGUGACACCAUCCUGACUAACCGGUCUGAGCUUAUCUCAACUCGCUUCACGGGAGCCACGGGCCGAGCGUUCCUCUUCAACAAGGUGGUGAACCUCCAGUAUAGCGAGGUGCAGGACAGAGUGAUGCUGACCGGCAGACACAUGGUGAGGGACGUCAGCUGCAAGAACUGCAACAGCAAGUUGGGUUGGAUCUACGAGUUUGCGACCGAGGACAGUCAGCGCUACAAGGAGGGGCGUGUCAUCCUGGAGAGGGCGCUGGUCAGGGAGAGCGAGGGCUUCGAGGAGCACGUCCCCUCAGACAACUCGUGAGCCGCUCGUCCUGGAUGACUUAGACGCUCGUUCCCGUGUCCUCCUGCCCCUCUCCUUUGCCCCCCCCCCCCACCCCCACCCCCCUCCCCUCCCCAUUGCGCUGCACGCCAUCAACGCAGACUUAGUGGUGAGCAAAGUUCGGGGCUUCAGCCUCCACACCCGUUCCCUGUCUCCAGCCUACGACCUUAGACCUCUGCCGAUGACAAUAGUGAUUUGCUGGCUCUACUUUUGCUGAAUAUGCUUCCUAAAAUGACUUCCUCAUUUAUGUAGCGGGGCACAUCGUCCCGAAACAGCGGGUAACACUGAUGGGCAUCUGUAACUACACACCUCCUUUCCACCACAUCACAAGGCAUGCUCCACACUUUUUUUUAAAAAUGUGGUUAUCAAAGACGUGUGUGAUAAUAGACAAGGUCAGUCACACAAAAUAGACAUCGCUUUGUUGUUUUUAGGUAACUAGAGGCAGGAGAGCUGGGAUUGACAUUUCAAGAGGACACAAAGGGGCGUUUAAAGGCGAUGAUCCGAACAGCACAAAGUCGUACAAUUCAUCCAAAAAAUCAAUUCAGUUGUCCCCACUCUCCGUCCGUUACCGUGGAUUCCUUGUCUGCGUGGUGAGCCCGCGUGAAGGCCAACGUGUCACUUCGGUGACUUGUGAGGAACAUGCACCUUCCGGCCAUGUGUCGUUACGCGUGACGGAGGAGGAGUGGCUCCUGAGACGUGGCCGGCUGCCACUUUAAGGACGUGAUUGUGAACGGAUUGGUCACGGAAGCGCUUCAAAGGGGUAAGUCAGGGAGAAAAUAGGAGACAAGUUUAUAGGUAGUCCCUGGAAAAAUAACUUGGCAUUAAUGCUGGAAACAACACAUUGGACAUGUUUAAAUCAAGCCUUAGAUUGACUGUACUUGCUUUCGGGGUAGUGACCUAUCCAUCUUUUAUAGGCCUCGGCUUUGGGCACAUUUGGUCAUAAGAUGACUUGUUUCUUACAACACAAAACCAGGCAAGCUUUAAUGCAGUUCAUUAAAGUUGACUCUUUGUCCUUCGACUAUGCCAGAGACUUUGUUUUAUAUCAUCAGUGUCCUUUGGGGAUUUCAAUGAAAAUGUCAAAUUUUAACAAAAAAAAAACAAGCAUCUGAAUGUCCCUGACAUUUAAGGUUAUUUUUGGAGAUGGUUAUAGUGUGGCAUGACUGCAGCAUGCAUGCCCGGGGGAGGGGGGGGGUUAUCAGAAAGGUCCAGCGUUUACUCGCUGUCCUUUCUACAAAAAAAAAAGAGAUAAAACUGGACAGGACACCGAAGAGUAUCCAUAACCCCUCAAGUCCAUGCAGUGUAAAGCUAAUGGCCAUGACGGGAUAUUGUCAUCAUUUUGUCGUUCAUUUUUACAAUUUUAUUGAUAGAACGUUGUUUUUAUUUGAACUAUGAUUAUUUUAUUUGCUGAUUCUUUCAUCGUAUAUAUUUUCGGUUCUGGAAUAUUUAGAGAAAAAAAAAGUUUGUUCUUGAAUGGCUAUUGCAAGUUUUUCUUUGAUGUGACUUCUAAAUAAACAUGUAGUCUUGCUGA